AUGGUUCGAGCCGCCAUCUCGGCUGCCUUUGCUGCAGCAGUUUUUGCUGGCACUGCAUACUCAGCGCAGUGCUCUGCAGAUAGCCACUGUCCUGAGGAUACACCUUGCUGCUCUCUCUAUGGCGAAUGCGGUGUCGGCGCCUACUGCCUCGGUGGCUGCGAUCCCCUCAUGUCGCACUCGUUUGACUCAUGUGUGCCCGCCCCCGUGUGCAAGUCCGGAACAUACACUCUCGACUCGCUCGACGACGUCCAGGCAAUCGACACAUACCUCGGCGAUGCCUCGAAGAUCAACUGGCAAUCGCAGGGCAUGCCCGCCAUUUACACGGAUCCCAGCAGCGGCAAGAAAUCGACGCUUCUAACAAUGGCGCAAGGCACAGUUGGGACGUUGAUGGCUUCUACAUACUACGUUUGGUACGGCAAGAUUUGCUCCAAGCUCACGACAGCCCAGGGCAAAGGUGUCGUUACCGCUUUCAUCCUCAUGUCUGACGUUAAGGACGAGAUUGAUUUUGAAUGGGUUGGUGCCGAUGUUUCAAAAGCGCAGACCAACUUCUAUUCUCAGGGUGUCACAGUUUACACAAAUGGCGGCGAGCUUGCUAUAGGAGGCAGCGCAGUCGAGUCCAUGCACGAGUACUGCGUUGACUGGAAGGAAGACUCCCUGUCGUGGUCGAUUGACGGCGAAACCACACGAACCCUCAACCGCAAAGACACAUGGAAUUCGACAUCCAACCGCUUCGACUAUCCGCAAACACCAUCGCGUAUCAUGCUCUCCCUCUGGCCUGCUGGCCUGCCUACUAACGCGAAAGGCACCGUCGAGUGGGCCGGUGGCGAAAUCGACUGGAAUAGCCAGUAUAUGCAGAAUGGGUACUACUACGCCCGCUUCCAGGAAGUCACCGUCGAGUGCUACGACCCCCCACCAAUGGCUCAAGUCAACGGCAAAAAAUCGUACAAGUACACCGACAAGGCGGGCACGAACAACACAGUAGAGAUCUCGAACGACUUGGUUGUUCUCGGGUCUUUGAUGGGCACCGGCGAGAAUCCCGGAGAAGCAAUGAAGUCUGGCUCCGCCCAGGCGACGCAGAGUGUUGCCAUGGUCCCCGGCGGCGUCCAGGGAGGUGGUGCAAGAGCGGAGGAGACGGCCACGGCAGCUGGAAGCGGCGCGCAGACGACGGGCACAUCCGGUAACGGCGUAGUGGGAGACACGACGUUCGUCCAGGGUGGUUCGAGCGCAGGAUCAACCAUCGAGCCUCGAUUCGGCGGGAUCGGCGGGUCUGCGCUUGCCAUUGUCAUUGCUGUGUUUGGCCUGAUCGUGUCUUGA